CAACACUCAACAUUCAAACUAGAUCUUCCACGUUCAAGCCCGGGCAUGACCUAGAUCCACGCAAUGUCCGAACGCCCAAGCCUGACCAAGCGACGAAGCUCAAACGACAGAGGCGUUUCUCCCCCUCCGACAAAGCGACGGCAACAAUCCGCAACGACAAGCAAGGCUGUUGCGAACUUCUUCACUCCAGUGUCCAAGAAAGAGCCGGAAAAGAUGACGUGGCGUAUUGUCAAAGAUAGCUUGUUGGUUGGUCGUUACGGCGCAUCAUCUGCCACGACUGGUAAACGUAGGAUCGCCGCGUUUGACUUUGACUCGACAUUGGUAACUCCAGCCUCGGGGAAGAAGUUUGGGAAAGACGCUACGGAUUGGAAGUGGUGGCACGGGAGUGUUCCAGGGAGGUUGAAGAAACUACACGAGGAAGGAUAUGUCAUCGCUAUCGUCAGUAACCAAGGAGGUAUCAGCCUAAAGUCGGAUCCCAAGACCGUCAAGUCUGACCAGAAACGAUUGGCGGACUUCAAGAGCAAGCUCUCAGCAGUACUUACCCAGCUCGAUCUACCCAUCUCCGUGUAUGCGGCUACGGGAAGGGAUCAGUACCGUAAGCCUAGAGUAGGCAUGUGGCAGGAACUGAUGGAUGACUGCGACUGUGACAGUGCGGAUGCUGUUGACCUGGAAACCUCAUUCUUUGUGGGCGAUGCGGGUGGUCGCGAAGCGGUCCCUGGGGGAGCAGUCAAGGAUCAUUCGUGUGUUGACAGAGAUUUCGCAGCCAACGUAGGCCUAUCUUUCCACACACCCGAAGAGUUUUUUCUGCACGAGGAACCAAGGCCGUUUGUCAGAGCCUUCGACCCAACACAAUAUAUCAAGGAUGCAACAGACAAUUCAACAUCUUUACGAGUUUCUCAGUUCACAAAGUCCAACCCCCUCGAUAUCGUCCUGUUGUGUGGCAGCCCAGGGGCAGGCAAGUCGUCUUUCUAUUGGAAACAUCUGCAGCCACAGGGCUACGCACGCGUGAACCAAGACAUUCUCAAAACCCGCGAAAAGUGCAUCAAAGUAGCCUCCGCCCUCGUUAAAGAAGAAGCGACAAGCGUUGUCGUCGAUAACACAAACGCGGACCCAGACACGCGCGCGGUAUGGGUGCAAGUAGCGCAGAAGCUGAGUGUACCUAUACGCUGCGUUCUAUUCACUGCGCCGGCAAAGCUAUGUGAGCAUAACGAUGCAGUACGGGCUAUGAACUUGGGAUCUCGGACCAACCCCGAGAGUCGCUCUCUCUUGCCGAAGCUCGCCUUCACAAGCUUUGCAUCGCGGUACCGUGAGCCUAAAGUCGACGAGGGAUUUCAAGAUGUCACUAAUGUCGACUUUGAGCUCGAGGGUGACGACGAACUCAAGAAACUAUGGGGUCGUUAUUGGAUGUGAUGCGAAUAGAGUCACUCGGCCGUUGUGCGGGACAGAAGUUGGUAUGAGUUCUGGACGCGGAUUACGAUGGUGUGAUGUGUGUGGAGAACGGUGAAAUUCAUGAUUGGCUGGGAUAGUGAUGUGAGUAUGCGAACUGCACGUUUUUCUAGCUGAAGAGGGGCCGCGCCCGCAGGAAUUGGCUUGUACAUGGGAGGAGAUUUGCACAUUGGCAUGCCGGGCUGCUUUGGCUACUUUGUUGAGUAGUAGAGUCGCCUAUCCUUGCUUGGUACCCGACGGCCAAAUGCGUCAUUGGAAUGCUAUUUCUUUUGACUUUGUCAAUUGUCGAGCAUUUCAUGUUGAUGGACGUUGAUUUACACUUGAUCUGUUGCCAUAGAAAUA